AUGGAUUCCUUAAGAUCAGGACACGGAGGCAUACAGAUGCUACUAACAGCAGAACAAGAGGCUCAGCAUAUUAUUUCUAGCGCCAGAAACUUAAGGACGGUUCGAUUGAAGCAAGCGAAAGACGAAGCAGAUCAGGAAAUGGCACUUUACCGCUCUAACAUGGAAGCUGACCACCAAAAUAGAAAAUCCCAGACGAGCUCUGAAUCCAUUGCCAAACAGCUUGAAGAGGAAACCCAGAUUAGGAUCCAAAGCUUGAAGGAAUCUGCCUUGAAAGUCUCACCAGAUGUCGUUGCCAUGCUGCUCAACUAUGUUACAACCGUUAAAAAUUAA